AUGUCAGAAGUACAUAAGCAUUUGCAGCAUUUUUCACCUCAAAGCUUUAUAAAAAAUGGACAGCUAAGUAAAGAAAGCUUACAAAGAUUGUUUGAGAAAAUAGAUGUAAAUAAAGAUGGAAAGAUCCAAGUGUCAGAGCUUAAAGAUCUCACUGUGGAGUUUGGGAUGUUAGGAAGAAUGAAAUGUGACAUACAUGAGCUUGCUACGACAUUGCUUGCUGAUUUCGAUAGCGAUAGUGAUGGUGAAAUAGAUGAGAAUGAAUUCGAGAAAGGGAUCUCAAAAUGGCUCAAACAGUACAAGUUUAGUUUUGAUAGCACCGAGUGUCAAAGAGAUAACCGAGCUGAGGAUAGAGUUUUGAAGAUGGAACAACCAAAAGAAAGUCUUGUUGCUAAGCUGCUAUCGCAGAGAACCAUAAGAGCUUCCAUUGAAGUUAUUGUAGGGAUUCUAAUUGUCCUCUUUCUCGCAACGCCUUUCAUGAUGAACAUCGAGCUUUUGUCUAAAUCGGCUGGAGUUCCUUCCUUCUAUGUUGUCUUUGUAGUGAUCCCUUUGGCGAGAAACCUAAGAAACGCUUUGUCUGCUCACUUCUGUCGCAAGAAAGACAAGGCUAGAGUCACAUCAGAUACAUUCUCUGAGAUAUACAAGGAUGUUACGAUGAACAAUCUUCUGGGAAUUUCGAUUAUAUUGGCUAUUGUGUACACGAGAGGAUUGACUUGGGACUACUCUACUGAAAUAGUAUAA